GGGGACAGACCUACACGCUGUCCUAUGCUGAGCUACCUGCGUACCUGCUCGGAGCCGAAGUGACCGAAAUGUCGUUUGACCGGUUCUCCUGCUCGCACUCGUGGGCUAUUAUCUCUUGCAAAUUCCCUCCCAACGACCGAUUGGUUCGCCCACCAUACCUACACAUACCGUUUGACAAACGGUCAGAUUUUGUCCUCAUGUGGCCAAACAACAGUCGUGGGUGCUUCGUACGUUGUAAAGUUAUAGUUGCACAGCUCGUCGAACUUGCUGUUAUUGUUUAACAUUCAAAAUACAUAUGUGCGCAAUAUUGCUAUAAAUAAAUAGUUAUCAUAACUUCACACAUUUUUUUAAAUAAUGCGCGCGACGUGGAAUGUGUAAUGUUGUUAUUAUUAUAAGAAUUUUAAGUGGUGUUGUUGUGUUUUGGUGAAUGUUUUAAAUGUGAUAAAAAUUUAAUUCUGUAGUUUAAUUAAAAUGUGAAUUACUUAACUUCUUUUUUAGAGAUUUCAAAAUCAUGAAUCGCGAUUCCUCCAGAAAUAUGGAAUCAUUACCUAAACAGUUUGUUUCGGCUAUGCGCACCCUGUUCGAUAUUAUGGACGACAAGCACACGGGGUAUGUAAAACUCACCGAUAUAGAAAACCGUUGGAGGGACGAUCGCACACGAGGCUUACCUCGAGGAGUCAUAGAAAGUCUACAGAAAGUUGCCUCACCCGAAGGCCUGUUAACAUUUGAAAGAUUCUGUACUGGGCUCAAAAUAUGCCUGUUACGUAAUCAAGUUGAUAACAAUUCUGGCAAAGACGACAGAUUUAGCGAUGUUAUUGAAAACACAGGAUUACAUUCACAAAUGGUCCCUCAAACACAUCGGCCGCCAUCGGCACCGCUUUUAGAUGUAAACGAUUCCCAAAACAUCGACCGGAAUUGGAUGGUUUUAAAAAGUUCUGAAUCUUCUUCACAGCACCGAACAAUAAGUAUGCCACAACUAAUAGGACGAAAAGAGGUCUUACUUCAAGAACCUCGACACUUAGGACCGGGGUCUAUUUCAAAACACGAUGGCUCUCGAAGAGUUUAUGGCCCUCCAAAACCACCACGACUUGAAAAACCGACUACGGAAAGAAAUGAAACAUCCAAAUCUAGUUAUAAAUCUGAAGAAGAGAUUGUAUUUGAAGGUGAAGAGCUAUCUGUGGAUAAGAUCGAUUUUGAAGAAAUGUCUCGAGCCGUAGAGGAACAAAGUAGAGGUUUAGGUGAUGGAAGAUCAGCGAAUGAAACUCAAUCUCAAAUGCGAAGAGUCUCACGUCGGCGUGAACCUCGACGCCACACUUUACACAAUGGUGUGGAUUACAAUCUUUUAAAACGCAUGAAACAGAUAGAGCAGGAGAAGGAUGUUUUGCUGCAAGGCUUAUCAGCUGUAGAAGAAGCUCGAGAGUGGUAUUUGAAGCAGUUAGCGGAAGUUCAAGAAAAAAUGCGUUACGCGGGCAGAAUGGGCGCAUAUGUGGAACCAUGGAGUGAAGCACAUCAAGAGCGUUUGGAAUUACUAAAAGCGCGAAUUUUGGAACUCAAUCGUCAGUUGGGAGCAUUGGCAGCAGGUUGGCGACAUGGGCAGCUGUCGCUUCAUAUGAACCUUGCAUUGCCUGCUGCUUCGCUGUCUACUACAGGAAGUAGUGCUACACCAAACAAUGCAGCAGUACUUCGGUCACAAAACCGCAUGCUUGCAGAGGAAGUAAACAGAAAAAACGAGAGAAUAACAGUUUUGGAACGUGAAAAAUCAGCGCUCAUCAGAGAACUACUUCUACAAAGGAACAGAUCAAAACUAAUUGAUACAUUUACAUAGCUAAAUUAAUUUAUGACUACUAUACUCAGGGUCAUUUAAUGGUUACUUAACCCAGUACUUAUGAAAGGUUUUUUCGGAAAAAAAACAACUACCUAAUAGUCUAAAUAAAUUUUAAUGUCUUCAAGUACGGCUGUAAGACUUUCUAUUGUAUGUAGAAAAUCUUUUAAGAAUUUUGUAAUCAACUAUUUUUUAUUAUAGAACAAAAGUCGUUGAAUGUGAUCUGUUGUUUCUUUGACAAGUUCAUUCCAAAAUUUAGAUUGUUUUCAAUGAGGUUAUUAUUUUGGUUGCAAUCUAUUUUAUGAAUAAUCUUAAUAUUGUGUAAACGUCGGGAAAAAACUUUAAAGUAAAUAGUAACAAACAAUAUUUAUAGAAGUAACUGAGAUGUGUGAUUGAUUUAUGGAUACAUUAAACAAUAAUAUAACAUAAUAAUUAUUAUCUAUUUAUAACAAUAGCAUCAGAAUCAUUAUUCUAUUACAAAAGAUGUAUUAUUUACAAAUGUUUAAAUAUAAAUUAAACAAUUAUAUUCUAGUGCCAUAAGUUUGUUUUUGGGCUUCCUACAAAGUAGUGCAAUAAAAGAGGUCAUUCAACUAUAGAUUCUAUUUUAUUUAAACUAAUGUAUGUAAUUACACAACAAAUGUAUAUUAUUACACAAGUACUCAAACAGUAUUUGCAUUUUUAUUGUAUAAAGAAUAAUCAUACUCCCUGAAUGGGACAUCAUAAGUGAGAUAGCCCUGGUCCCAAGCUCUCUCAAUAGCAACCAAUAACUCCUUAUGUUUCUUCUGGCAAAGUCCAGUCUUAAAUGCAUCCAAUAUCUGA